CUUUACACACUUCUUUUCAUUCAUACAUUUCAUUCGUUUGUGUAUUGUUUAUUAUUUCUUUUGGUCGUCGUUGAAGUGCAAGCGAAAAUAUUUUUUUCUUGCCGUUUCGCGAAUAUCGUUCGUUGUGGAAAAAAGAAAUGAGAAGGAAAAAAAAAACAGGAGCAAUUAAUAGAGAAUUAUGAUACAAAUUAAUGUUAUUAUUGCAUAAUAAAAAAGAUAUUUAAAAGUGAAUGAUAAUUGUGGAAAAGACAGUCAAUAUUAUUUACAGUACAGAUAAAUGCACUUGAAUUUUAAAGUGGAAGAAAAGUGAAUAAACAGCAAGAGUUUCAAAAAAAUCUGAUUUUUUUUUCGAGUGAAUAAUAAUUUAUUCUAGUGACUAUAAACAGAAGAUAAAUAUAGAAAGAAUUUUCAGUUCAUGUUUGAAUUGUGAAUAAAUAGAAAUAAAGAAUUGUGAAAUGCUCAUAUGCGUGUUAAUUAUUAAUCAAAAUAUUAUCAAUCAUCAUAGCAAUCAUCGUCAUUGAAACAUUCUUUUAUUGUAUUUAAAGAUACAGUUAUAUCAAAUAAUAGACAGUAAUAAUUUUGUGUACGAGAAAUAAGAAGCUAUAGCUCAGCUAAUCGACUUAAAAAUUUCCUAGAAAUAAUAAUUUUUCAAUUUUACUAAAUUUCAUUGAAUAAUCUCGUGUGUGGUGAAUGAACAGAACAGAACAGAGUAACUGGAAAAAGUUCUAAGACACAGUAAGAGGGAAUUUGUGUUAUGGAUACAAGAGACUCAGACCUAGGAGACGAUUCAAUGUCACAUAUCGAUGAACAAUCAGAUAGAGAGGAAGAUAUGCGUGAUUGUGAAUCAAGUGAUGAAGGUGUCAAUGUAAACGGAAUGAACGGAGUCAUGGAUUUUAACAACAGAGGCAGCCCUGAAAGGAAUUCAGAAAUGACCGACACGCCAUUUCCACCAAAUCAUCCAUUAGGGAUGUUAAGCAACUUAUCAGCACUAAACAUGAGCGUUCCGACUCUCCAAUCCUUUCAACAGCACAAUGACGUUUUGGAGAAAAUAAAAAUGCAAGUGCGCGACAUGAAGGUCGGAUUCAUGAACUCAGACUUUUCAGCACUACAUCCGUCAUUCACAAGCACACUACAGAGCUCUUUAGGCUUUAAUACACAUCAAGUAUCGCAAGCACAAAAUAAUAAUAAUAAUAAUAAUCAGAAUUCAUCUCAUGGUAACAAUGAGUCAUCGAAUGGCUUUCCAUUUUCAUCACCGACAGCAGCAGUUAAUAAAGAUGCCUCAAACUCAUCAACGUCAAGUGAAACGUCCAAUUCGUCACAACAAAACAAUGGAUGGAGCUUUGAAGAGCAAUUUAAGCAAGUGAGACAGUUAUAUGAAAUCAACGAUGAUCCAAAGCGUAAAUUAUUCCUUGAUGAUCUCUUUUUGUUCAUGCAAAAGCGAGGAACUCCAAUAAAUCGACUUCCAAUCAUGGCAAAAUCAGUUCUUGAUUUAUAUGAACUUUAUAACUUGGUGAUAGCUAGAGGUGGUCUUGUUGAUGUAAUUAAUAAGAAAUUAUGGCAGGAAAUAAUUAAAGGAUUACAUUUACCCUCGAGCAUCACAAGCGCUGCAUUUACUCUAAGAACACAGUACAUGAAAUAUUUGUAUCCAUAUGAAUGUGAGAAAAAGAGUUUAAGUACACCGGCUGAACUGCAGGCUGCAAUUGAUGGCAACAGACGUGAAGGCCGUCGUACAAGCUAUGGACAGUUUGAAUCACAAAUGCAACAGCAGCUACAAUUGCCACAACUCCAAAGGUCGCCGAUACCAAACAGUCUCCAGCAAAUGUCACCUUUAUCACUUGUGACACAUGCACAACAGAAUUCUCACCAUAGACUGAUGGGAGCACCAGGCGUUGUUGGUCAACUUCCAAGUAUAGUUCCACAUGAUAUUGAGCAGCGAAUGCUUGAAUACAUUAAAUUAUUCCAAGCACCAAAAGAUUUGAAACGCCCACAAAGCCCAGAUGUUUCAAGGGAAGCAUUAAAUGCUUUGGAAAUGUCGAGAAUGGCAUUAUGGAAUAUGUAUAACAAUACAAGUCCACAUAAUCAGCACAAUAACCCUAGUCCACCAGAAGUACAACAAGAAGCACUGAAUUUACAUCAACGAGAAUCUCCAUCUCCAAUUCCAUCAGCUCCAUCACCAAUAUCUAUAAAACGCGAACGUGAUCUUCAUGAUUUAAAUGACUAUCCACCAGCAAAACGAGGCUUAAUUCGAUCAAAUAGUGAUCUCAAUAGGAAGUCAUCAAUCACUAAUAACAACAAUAAUAAAUAUGAUCAUCACAUUGGCAGCAACAACAAUAAUUCUCAAGUGACACCUAUAAAAGACAAUAGCAAUAAGAAACGAUCAGAAUCACCUUCAUUGACAUCACAGCAAAUUCAAAACAAUGAGAAUGGAACUCAUCACCUUCAGUCGCCUGUACGACAUCACAAUAAACAGAAUGGUCUUGAUUCCAUUGGCACGACAAUAUUAAAUGGAAUGCAAUUCAAAAUUGUCAGUAAAGAAAACUCAUCGACUGGAGAGCCACAGUUGGUUGUGAAAUUGGAAGUAAAUGGAAUAUUGUUUGAGGGUGUCCUCUUUCCAAAUCCAUCAAACUCAUCGCCAGCAUCUGCAUCAACAACUCCCUCAACGGAACCAAUGAUAUCGCCAGUCAAGCAUUCGUCACCGAAUCGGAACUCAUUAAAUGAUGACCACAAGUUAACGCAACAAAUGGUCUCGUCAUCAUAAACAUAAGCAUAAGCAUUUGUUUGAUUCCAAUUAGAUCAGAUUUAUCAACAAAAAAUAAAUAAGAAAAGAUUUAAGCUGAAUUUUUCUAGAAUUAAGUUUUGCUUUUUAUUCUCUUAAAAAAAAUUUAUUAACAAAAAAAAUUAUGGACAAAGGAUUGAUUUUUAAAUAGUGAUUUAAUAAGGCAUGGAAUAGAAUCACAUAAAAAUUGUUCCAAUUAAGUGCAAGAUAUAUUAAUUCACAUUUUAAGACAUAUUUGAUGCAAGAUAAAUUUUAUAGAGCAUAAAUGAUUAAGAUGAACAGAUUCACUGAAUUUAUAUGUUAAUAGAUUGAGACACACACACACACACACAUACACAUAAUUAAAUAGCAUAAAUUUAAUGUCAUAUUGUAGGCAAUUAAGGACAUAAUCUAACAUAAAUGUGCAUAAAAUCAGUGUUAAAGCUUCCUCAGAAUUUUAAAUUGUCACAAAUUCCUCUUCAUAUAAUGUGUAUAACGCAGUAAAUUUUAUGCAUAAACGUCACAUAGAAGAUGCUGUAGCAGUAUUUUUCAUCAACCUUCUCAUUAAAAUGUUUGCAAUGAAAGAAGAAAUUUAAUGAAAACCUUUUCAUUAUUGUUAUGUUUUUUUUUUUUAAAAUAACUUUAAUUAAUAAGAAUUGAAUAAUUUAACUGAUAAGAAAGAUAUGGAAUUAAAUCAAUAAAUUAAAUUAGU